GGGACUGAAAACCAAGUGAGGAGAUGAAGGAUUUCACAGUACUUCUCCAGAGAAUACAGAGAGAAUAGAGACUGCAGAUAGAUCCUGACCAUCACCAAGUAACAACUGCACAACUGUGGGAAGACAUCCAGUCCUUUCACUGCAUUGCUCAACACAGUUUCACUGCCCAACCUUCUCUAUCAUUGGAAGUCUGUCGGGUCAGGGGAGCUUUGACAGAUCAUCAGAUCUGAAAUUGAUAAGUGGUGUGGAGCUUCCAUCAGAACCAGCCAAUGGUUCAGCUUGAUGAGGGUGAGGCAGGGAAGAAGUGUGAGUGGCUCCAAGUGUGAUGACAGCUUCAAUGAUUCCUGGAGCCUUAUGAACCACUGAAUCAUUUCUACAGGUGAGAGGCUUUUCAAGUGUAAGGAAUGUGAGGUGGGCUCCAAGUCUGUCAAGAUCUCCAAAACAUUUGUGCAUUUGUUGAACACUUAUAUGGAAGAGAAACAAUUUAAGUGUGAGGUCUGUGACCAAGACUUUAGACAAUCAUCGAUGCUUAUGAAACACCAAAGUAUCCAUCACAGGAAGAAACCUUUCAUGUGUGAGAUUUGCAACAAAUCAUACUCCAAGUCAUCGCAUCUCCGCAUACACCAAUAUAUUCACACAGGGGAGAAACCGUUCAAAUGUGAAGACUGUGGUAAAGCUUUUGCAACAUCCACAACCUUUCUGACCCACCAACAUAUUCACACAGGAGAAAAGCCAUUCACAUGUAGUGUGUGUGAAAAAUCAUUCUCGCAGACGGCACAUCUCCGUCUGCAUCAACGCAUUCACACUGGGGAGAAACCAUUCAUGUGUAAGGUCUGUGACAAAUCAUUCACACAUUCAUCUCACCUUCGUGUACACCAACGCAUUCAUACUGGGGAGAAACCAUUCAUAUGUGAAGUGUGUGACAAAUCAUUCUCAGACUCAUCAUCCCUUCACAAACAUCGACGUGUUCACACAGGGGAAAAGCCAUUCACAUGUGAACAGUGUAAUAAAUCAUUUGCACAGCCAUCUGGUCUUCGUAGACACGAACGUUUGCAUGCUCGGGAGAAACCAUUCAAACGUGAUGUCCCAUCUGGUCUUUGUGGACAGGAAUGUUUGCAUAUGCGGGAGAAACUAUUCACUUGUGAGGUCUGUGACAAAUCAUUUUCAAAUUCAUCUCACCUUCGCAUACACCAAUGCAUUCAUACUGGGGAGAAAAAAUUCACAUGUGAAGUGUGUGACAAAUCAUUCUCAGCAUCAUCGUCCCUUCGCCAACAUCAACGCAUUCACACAGGGGACAAACCAUUCACAUGUGAGCAGUGUAAUAAAUCAUUUUCACAGUCAUCUGGUCUUCGUAGACAUGAACGUUUGCAUACUGGGGAGAAACCAUUCACAUGUAAGGUCUGUGACAAAUCAUUCUCAGAGUCAUCCUCCCUUUGCAAACAUGGACGCAUUCACACAGGGGAGAAACCAUUCACUUGUCAGCAGUGUGAUAAAUCAUUCUCAGACUCAUCUGGUCUUCGAGCACACGAACGUUCGCAUGCUAGCGAGAAACCGUUCAAAUGUGAGGUGUGUGAGAAGGCUUUUGCCACAUCUAGCACUUUCCUGAGACAUCAGAAGGUUCAUGAUAAUUAGAAAGCCUUAAAAGGAGAGAUGUGUGUCAAAGCCAUCGCAACACAAUUGAGCCUGAUAGUCCAUCAGAAGCUCCACACUGGAAAAUGAGACUUCAUAUCUAAAUUUCAACAAAACCUUUUUGACAUGUUGGACAGUUCUGUUAAACGAGAACAUUCACACAGGGGGGAUACCUUCCAGGUGCAGGGUGUGUGACUAGUCAUUCAGAUGACAAUUGAACUUCUUGAACCAAGUCACUGCUGUGAAUCAGAGGAUCCACACAAGAAAUGAAUGGUUCACUUGUGAGUUUUGGGAUAAUCUUGUAUUAUUGUCAACUUCUUGAAAUACCAUGUGAUUGUCAUGGAGAAGAAACUCUCCAAGUACGAUGUUUGUGAAAAGCGAUACCCAGUCAAAGAUCCAGAUUUUCAUAAUGAAGUGAGUUAACUUCUUCCCGAGUUUCCUGUAAAUGAGAUCGAAUUGCUGACGUCUGUUGAAUGAUAGAGUAUCUUUCUGACAGAUUUCAAUUCAAAUGCAAAGUCAGACAGGUGUGUUUUUUUUAAUGUAGAUAACAGAUUGUGAGAGAGUUAAAGAUGUUGUUUUCUGAAACUCCUGAGAUAUCUGCAAAAAUAUAAAAUAACUGCGGAGUAGUGGUUGAUUGUCUAGAUUCAAUCUGUCCUCCAUGCGAAUUUAAAACUCCAGUGGUCCCUGGAUGCCAUUUAAAGCAUCUGGGAAAAAGCGACUCACAUGAAGGAGAAAGAAUGAGUCAAGUGAUUCCCUGGUCCUCAUGGGAUAGGUCCAACAGCAAAAUCAAAAUCAUGAUGUGUUACCAAUGUGAGCAUGAUUUGCCCAGUACCAAGAGCCAACUGGAAGCAGUUUGUGAAGAAUUGGAAACACUACUAGCUGUCAAGGGGAAAUGCACUUGAUCUUGGCCAGGGUACGCCUGCAUAAGUCAACUAGGAAGUGAACAGCGAAAAGCUCAGAGACACGAGACGGGUUUUGAAACAUUCGGAAUCCUCCAGAGUCUCGAGUGAAAAAGGUGGCCCAAGGUUCACCCUUUGAAAACAAGACGAACUAAAGUUAAAUGUGAAGAAAUGAAGAAUAAUGAUGGGCUGGUCAUUGUCACACAUGGGUAUGCCAAGCUUUUUUAAUCAUAAGCCAGUACAUCCUAAGAAAAUUGAUAAACAGUCUACAGAACUACCAUCUCUAAAAGGGAAGGUUGAAAAUGUGGGAAAUAUUGGAACAUUUGAAGGGCAUCUACAUCCAUCUAUUGGAUGGGGAUCCGAUUCUGAUUAUGAUAGUACCUAGCCGAGAAUGGAAGAGGUCAGUUAGGAGGGCCCAAAAGUCCCUUUGGGAUGAUGAAGAAUGGAUAGAGGCCAGAUGGGAACAGAAACUCAGGGAUCAGGAAGGAGGGACCUGAGGAAAUGGAUACGAGUACUAUUGGUCCCCUGAAAACUAAUUUUGUAGUGGGCCAAGAUAAUGAAGAUAUUCCUACCAGACUGAGAAGGCAGAGGAAUAACUUAGAUGGGCAUGGUGGACUGGUGCAACCACUUGGAUAGGGUAUGGGAGCUAAAGUUAGGACCUUGCAGGUUGCUGCAGGAAAAUCCAGAGAACCAGACAAACAAUUGUCAGGAAGACCUCAUGAAAAGUGUCUCUAUUGCAAAAAAGAGGGCCAUUUUCCAAAGAUAUAUAGGGCAAACAGAGAGGCUGAAAUGUUGACGUCUGGAGGACCACCCCUAAAGAACCACAUCCCUUGGAGAGAUUUAAACAGCUCUCCACUGCACAACAAAAGGAGUUGCCUAAUUUGACAAAGCACGAGCUGAGUCUGCCCUUACACUAGUACAAUGAGGCGAUGGAAUGUAUAUAUUUACGAGGGUAGGCAAUCAAAAUACAGACUUUCUCCUGGACACAGACGGAAUUGACCUCCUUGUGGCUAUGCAAUUGAAACUCUGCCUUUGGAUAGUAAAAUACGAUCAGUCCGUGGUGCUGGGGGUGAAAGCCUGACCAUCAAAAGAACAUGUCCAGUAUCAAUAGAACUUAGUCCACAUGAAUUAACUGCAUCGGGCUUGGUGGGAAAAACUCUCUUAGGUAGGGACGUCCUGAUCCAGGUAAAUUCCUCAUUGCAUUCUGGGUGACAUGGUUGAUUAGAUAUUUGAGAAAAGAAGAAUUGAAAGAACACCAACUCUGGGCAAAGAACAAGAACAAUUGCGGUCGACUCCAGAUGGAACCCAAAUCGUUUACUGGUGCCACCACCCCAUGCAUCAAUAUCCCAUUAGCCCAGCCUCAAACGCAGGAAUCUUGUCCAUGAUCCAACAACUUGAAGAACAAUAUGUACUGGUGAAAACAGUUCCUGUAACAGCUCUGUGUGGCUGGUCUGAAAACUCAAUGUGUCUAGGCAUCUGUCAUGAGUGUGAUGCUGGAAAAGCACAGCAAGUAAGGCCACAUCCGUUGAGCAGUGGAAAUCAGCAUUUCGGCCAUAAGCCCUCCAUCGGCAAUGAGGUGUCUUAUGAUGUCAAGUGAUCUGACCGUCGAACACAGAGAAACCUGACCAAUACUGUCCGUCCUACCUCCUGACAGGUAUCGUCACCCUGGGUGAUCUACCAGAAGGGUGUCAUGAUAUCCCUGGGAGCCUGGCUUUACGUUAAGAAAAUACAUAAGGAGCCAUUGGGAGCCAGGUGGGUAGGACCCUACCUGUUGUUGCUGACCACACAAGCCACAGUAAAAGUCCAAGGGAAGGAAGCUUGGAUACAUGUGUUACACAUUGAAAGAGCAACCAGUGACUGAAGUUGAAGCUUAAUAAGGACUAUAAUGUUUGAUCCAAAACCAUUUGAUCCUGUGGAAGUUAGUUAUAUUACUAACUAUGUAUUUUGAAUGUUUGCUGACUAGUAACUUAUCAGUCCCCUGCACCAGGAGGGAGAUGAAGGAAAAGGGAAUUACAUGUAAAUACCUUUUUUAUGUAUCUCCUAUACCUAUUACAAACAAGCUAAUGUUUCUAGUUAUUGGGUAUGCUCCCACGUAUUCAUCCACUUGAAAAGGAAUGUUCUCUUAAGACGAAUCCCUUUUAAUACAUCUAAAUGGCAGAAUGGAUAAUUUGCCAGAAAAUCUCCUUAGAGUAUCUGGCAUGACUGACAUGGCAGUCCUCAGCAGAGACAAGGGUAUAUUGGGUGCGCAUGACUGACUCCCCACCGAGAGCAGUGGGAGUCGACGGGUAACAACCUGACUGCCUUUCAGAGGUGGUAUCUGCCUAAUUACAACACCUCACAAUGAUCUCCUUUUUUGACCCUUACUAACACCUCCGGAAAUGGGAGACGAUCAGGAGGGAUAUGUUUAUGUAAAACCCAGACUGGAGCACAGGAGAUGGGAUACAGCACGUUUUCCCAAUAUUGGAAUGUAACCUAAGAUGUUGACUCUACCUUCCUGACAUUCCAAAACCUCACCAGCAAGGUACUUUCCAGCAAAGAUGGGGUAUCCUGAGAUAAUAAUUAGGUAAUGGCACUUAAUUUGUUUGCGACUGAAAGGCCGAUGUUUGGUUACCCUCAUCACGGAUGGGACUGAGUUAUUUGAGUUAUCUUGUUCCCUUUGUUUGUCACUCAUUCUCUCUAUUUGGGAUACCCUGACGGCAACGAUUCACAAGGGUCAUGACAGAAACAGAUUCUUUGGCAUCUUGUUCCCCUGGAAUGGGACCGCAAAACCGAUGAGGGAAUCUAUCAACAUGGUAGCUGCUUUGGAACAGAUGGCCAAUGACAUUAUAAAGGAUAAAAUCAGCGCUGAAAUAGUAGCCAUCCAUGAAACAGCACUGUAGAACAGACUAGCCAUUGAUUUGAUACUGGCUGAAAAGGGAGGCCCUAAUUGGGGCUGAAUGGUGUAUUUAUAUCCCAGACAAUUCUGAUGGGAUCACUGAUUUAGCAGCACAUAUCUGAAAAGAGAUGGACGAACUCAGUCAUGCCCCAUCUCCUGCCUUAUGGAGUUGGGCAACUGGAUAGUUGGGUUCACUGGGGGCAUCACUGGUAGAGUAUAUAGUUUUACUUGUAAGAAUUCUCAUUUUAUUUUGUUUGCUUUUGUUAGUUAAAUGUUGCUGGCAACAGGCAGCUGCAGCUACUUCUCCCUAGGUGAGAUGCUUUCACAUUUCCAGUAGACCUCUUCUGCACUGCACAGACUAUGUCUAAGCCUGGGAGAAAUGAAUCCUUGGUAUAGGAACUAUCUGGUAGGGAAUAUGCAAGCUAUUGUACAAUGAAAUUGCUGAGGGUGGCAGAAUGUCUGUUGUGUUAAGUAAAUUAAAAUUAUGAUCAAUAGUUAAAAUUUUGGAACGCCAGACCAGUCCAAUCAGGACACGACAGCAAGUAAAUUAUGGAGGCAAAUUGCUGAUAUGUAAUGCUGUACCAAAGAUCCAAUUAUAGUUGGACAACUCAGCUCUUCUGACCAAUAAUGUACAAGCAGGGUGUGCGCUAUGCUCCUGAGCUUUAUAAAAAAAGCUACUUGGAAACUUUUUGAGUGUCUUUUCGCUAUGAUGAUCUGAAGCUGUCACAAAGUUGUGUCACAAUAAAGGUUUGCAAGGGUUUACACCUGGUGCUCCUGUUUCCAUUCACAGUCCAAAGAUGUGCAGGUGAGGUGGGUUAGCCAUGAUAAA